GUCAGCCCGUCCCCUGGCUGCAGCUGCACUCACAUGUGGCCACUGCUCACCAUGCACAUAACCCAGCUCAACCGGGAGUGCCUGCUGCACCUCUUCUCCUUCCUAGACAAGGACAGCAGGAAGAGCCUCGCCAGGACCUGCUCCCAGCUCCACGACGUGUUUGAGGACCCCGCACUGUGGUCCCUGCUGCACUUCCGUUCCCUCACUGAACUCCAGAAGGACAACUUCCUCCUGGGCCCGGCCCUCCGCAGCCUCUCCAUCUGUUGGCACUCCAGCCGCGUGCAGGUGUGCAGCAUCGAGGACUGGCUCAAGAGUGCCUUCCAGAGAAGCAUCUGCAGCCGGCACGAGAGCCUGGUCAAUGAUUUCCUCCUCCAGGUGUGCGACAGGUGCCCCAACCUGGCGUCUGUCACGCUGUCGGGCUGCGGCCACGUCACCGACGACUGCCUGGCCCGCCUGCUGCGCUGCGCGCCUGCACCUUCCUCGGGGACUCCGAUCGAGGUUGAAUCGAAAUCACCUCGGUGGGGAGGACUUGACCACUCGGAGUUCGCGGGCUUGCGCUCGGUCGGCUCCCGGAGUGCCCUGGGGACCGCCGUCUCCAGGGCCCCCGGUAGUGAUCUCGGUAAAGCAGGAGGAGGGGAAGCAGGGGCAGAAAGAGCCACCGAGCCGCUCCUCUUUGAGGUUUUGCCCGCACGCGCGGCUGCCUGCCCACCUUUCUUGGGGCGGAUGCGCUGCCGGAGUGACCGCACUCGCGAUUGUAGAAAAUUCGCUCCCAAUUGUUGA